AUGAUUGGUCAAUUGGGGAAUGACAUUGAUGACAUGCCACCUCGACCUCGGCUGCUCGACCAAGCCCUCCGACUCUGCAGCCGAGCUCCCGCCAUUUCCACGCGCCACCUCGCCCUCAUCCCUCAUACCCUCACACACCGCACCGCCCUCCACACCACAACAAUGAGCUGGAUGGACUCCUGGUCCCGACCAGGCAAAUCCCAAGCCACGCCCGCACCCUUCUACCUCCUCCCCAACGGCGACCAAACGCCCUACUGCCGCACCUGCGGCCGCGUCAUCUCCAGUCGCAAAACCACAGCAGCCGCGUCGUCCUCAAAGUCAAACUCCAAAUCAGAGACCUCCAAGCCCGCCGUCGAAGCAAAAUACUGCUCCUCCCGCUGUCGCGCAAAGAAACCAAGCCGUCUAGACAAGGAAAUCGAACACCUCUUCGUCCGCUUCCUCCAAGGCGAGGAGGAACUCCAAGGUGACGCAAAAGCCAAAGCAAAAGCCAAAAAAACGAAGGGCGACACCCGGAUCCUCGUCCCCUGCGACGUCGUCGAAGAAUCCUUCUUUGGCGAGAGAAAAGCACCAGACAGAGUCUACGGCCGCGGCAAAAACCGCGCCUCGCGAGUCAUCCCCGGAAAAGAAGGAUCCUCCUCCUCCGAAGACAUCUCCAUCCAGGACCGACGAUCCUACGACGAGGACGCAGGUGAGGAUAUAAUCGACGAGAUGCUCGGUCUUGACCGGAGUAAAUCCGCAGAGCUGGAUCCCAGCGUACAGGCUAGUCUUUCCGUGCGCAGCGGGACGAGGGUGAGGCCGCCGCAGACGCAGAGCCAGGUGAAUGGGAGCGUUGGCGGGGAGAAGGGGCGGGCGGAGAGGAUUGAGGAGACGGAGGAGAUGAGGGAGAAGAGGGCGGAGGGGCAGAGGAGGGCGCAUGAGAGGGAGAUGGUGCGGUGUGCUGCUAGGAGGGGUGUUGUUUUUGGGUUUCUUGUAGGUGAUGGCGAGGAGAGGAGGAAGUGUGAGGCUGUGAGGCAAGGCAAGGUGGUUGAGCCUAGCUUUGCAAAGGGGGAAUGGUCUGUUCGAUGGCGGGAGGAUUAG